AUGUCUAACGCUACUGCUGUCAACGGCGACGAAAGUACUUUGCGUAACCCUAACAAUCCCGAUGAUAGCCUUUGUACAGACGAGUUUGAGAUAAUCUCCAGCGACACACUCGAUAAUGGAGCGCAGGAAAAUGGGAAUGAUACGGUCUCUCAUUGGUCCAUACAACAUAGCAUCAAUGUUGAAUCUCUUGUACCAUCGAACAGCAUCAAUAUUGAAUCUCUUGUGCCACUGAAUAAUCUUGCUUCCUUACUGUGCACGACGCACAGCGAUGCGCACUCUGCGUCGAAGUAA